GUCCCCUGUGCAAAUUAUCGCUUUGCAUUGGACAAACUGCGUGCACUUAUUCCGUUGGUUUUGCUUUUGCAAACUUGCUACACUACAAACUUCGUGUAGAUAGACAGAUGGUCCAUUAAGCAGAACUUAUUCCAUACUGUGAUCCAACAUGGAGAUACCAGUGGUCAAUUUUACAUCGUUCAAACUAGGCGAAAAUAAUGUGACAGACGAGCACUUGACGAGUUUAAGCGAGAAACUGAGGACAGCUUUUACCGAAGUGGGAUUUGUGUAUUUGAAAAAUACUGGCAUAAAGCAACAUGAGGUGGAUGAGGUUAUGGACAUUUCAAAAAAAUUCUUUUUACUUCCGGAGGAUGAGAAAAUGCCGUUCAAGAGGGGCAGUUUCCCCAAUAAUAUCAACCAUGGCUGGGUGUCAUCUGAGACAGAGAGGUUAAAUCCCCGACGCCCGGGUGACUUGAAGGAAGCCUUUAACACUGCCUCCUUACACAAGGAUAUUGAAUGGCCAUCAAACGGUGUUGUCGGCUUUCGAGAUAUUCAAGUAUCCUUCUUCGAGCGCUGUAAAGAGCUUUCUCUCCGGGUGCUGAGAGUAAUGGCUCUGAGUCUAGGCCUGGAGCCAGAGGUCUUCCUCCACCCACACAGACACAUAGGGACUGACGAGAAUGGUACCACGCUGCGGUCCUUGUAUUACCCCCCAGUGGACAGUCAGACAGUGAAAGAGGGGCAGCUACGCUGUGGAGAACACUCAGACUAUGGCAGCAUCACCUUAGUCUUCCAGAGCCAAGAGGGUGGACUACAGGUUCUGAGUCGCACAGGUGAAUUUAUUUCAGCUCCAAGCAUACCUGGGACGGUCCUGAUCAACAUAGCAGAUCUGAUGCAGAGAUGGACAAGUGAUGUGUUUGUAUCUGCUGUGCAUAGGGUGCUGCUGCCCGCUGCUGGUGACUCAGCCACACGUCAGUCUCUGGCCUUUUUUGUCCAGCCCGAUGAUGAGGCCAUCAUUACCUGCUGUGACGGAUCUGACAAAUACCCCCCGAUCAAGUCAGGGGAUUAUCUACUGGAGAGGUUCAGUGAAUCUUAUGGGAGAAAAUGAGCCUGAACCUUCUGGAUUCAUUAUGUCUUAAUUGCAUUGUCACUAUUGCUGGUUUCAUGAUUAAUAAGGAUUCUGUGUUCUGAGUGUUAAAGAUUACAAAUUAUGAAGAAGAAGAAGAGAAAGUUUAUCAUUUCUUUGUCAUGCUUGAUACAUCAUAUUCAUGCAGUAUACAUGAAUAGGUAAAAGACAGUAAUAUAAACAAUAUAUAAAGCUUAAUUAAUUUACUAAUUUUCUUGUCAACAUGGGACAAUCAUACAUACUUGUGAACAAACAGAGCAUACAUUCUACACAUUCCUUCUGAAGGUCAUCAAUACUAUUAUUAUGAAAUGUUUUGUCUGAUGGCCAUUGUUUUAAGGGUAAAACAGAAAUGCUUAAAUCAACACAAUGCUGUUUUUAAGAAAUAAGUGGAAAACUGUAGGGGUGAAAGGCAGUUUUCGGUUGCUAUGCAAACUACAAUCUCUAUGCAAAUAAAUCAGUACAAUAAAUGUGCCAGACUUCAAUACAUAUUCUUUUAAAAAAACAAACAUACAUAGACUUAAAAA